CUGUUUUCAUUCCUGUCCGGUUGUCUCUCAUCACAGGGUAGCCAUCAUGUCCGGUCUCGCUAGAUCUGCCAACUUCUUCCUCCGCUCCAGCAGGGCCUCCCUGCUGUGCCCCCGCGGUGUCAACCCCAUCCAGCAUGUGUUCCUCAAGGACAAGCUGGCUGCCCGUGGUAUGGCAACCGCCUUCGAGCGGACCAAGCCUCACGUCAACAUCGGUACCAUUGGCCACGUCGAUCACGGCAAGACCACCUUGACCGCUGCCAUCACCAAGCACCAGGCCACCAAGGGCCUCGCCGAGUUCCUCGAGUAUGGUGCCAUCGACAAGGCCCCUGAGGAGCGCAAGCGUGGUAUCACCAUCUCCUCUGCCCACAUCGAGUACGCCACCGAGAAGCGUCACUACUCCCACGUCGACUGCCCCGGUCACGCCGAUUACAUCAAGAACAUGAUCACCGGUGCCGCCAACAUGGACGGUUCCAUCAUUGUCGUUGCUGCCUCCGACGGUCAGAUGCCCCAGACCCGCGAGCACUUGCUGCUGGCCCGUCAGGUCGGUGUCCAGAAGCUUGUUGUCUUCGUCAACAAGGUCGAUGCCAUUGACGACCCGGAGAUGCUGGAGCUCGUUGAGCUGGAAAUGCGCGAGCUCCUCACCUCCUACGGCUUCGAGGGUGACGAGACCCCCAUCGUCUUCGGCUCUGCCCUCUGCGCCAUGGAGGACCGCCGCCCCGAGAUCGGUGCCCAGAAGAUCGACGAGCUCCUCGAGGCCGUCGACACCUGGAUCCCCACCCCCCAGCGUGAGAUGGACAAGCCCUUCCUGAUGUCCAUCGAGGAGGUGUUCUCCAUCCCCGGCCGUGGUACCGUCGUCUCCGGCCGUGUCGAGCGUGGUCUCCUCAAGAAGGACAGCGAAAUCGAGAUCAUCGGAACCUCCAACGAGGUCAUCAAGACCAAGGUUACCGACAUUGAGACCUUCAAGAAGUCCUGCGAUGAGUCCCGUGCUGGUGACAACUCCGGUCUCCUUCUCCGUGGUGUCAAGCGUGACGAGAUCAAGCGUGGUAUGGUCGCUGUCGCCCCCGGAAGCACCAAGGCCCACGACAGGUUCAUGGUCUCCAUGUACGUCCUGACCGAGGCUGAGGGUGGUCGUCGUACCGGCUUCGGUACCCAGUACCGUCCCCAGCUGUUCAUCCGUACUGCCGAUGAGGCGGCUGAGUUCAGCUUCCCCGACGGUGACCAGAGCCGCCGCAUCAUGCCCGGUGACAACGUCGAGAUGGUGAUCAAGACCCACCGCCCCGUCGCCGCCGAGGCUGGUCAGCGCUUCAACCUCCGUGAGGGUGGCCGCACUGUUGCGACCGGCCUGGUUACCCGGGUCCUGGAGAAUUAAAUGCGGGGCCGCGGAGUAGUAUGGGGGAAAUGAAGCAAAAACUGGGACGGGGAUCCAUUGAUAAUGUUUGCACCAUCUUGCAGCGGGACUGACACGCCAGGAUGGUGGGUUGCACCGGAGUUCUCGAGCCAUAUCCAUGUAUCUGUAUUGUAUUGAACCUUGUAGACUUUUCUAUAUUCUCCUCUCUUCUCUAUUCUAGCUAUGUCGUUGAAUAUGACUGGACGAUCUCUUACUGUCUG